AUAACAAAUAAAUUAUUUCACACAGAAUCCGCGUCUUCCGUGUACUUUCUCGUGAUCUCAACUCCCUUCAUUCAUUUCCACAUCCACUUUCACUAGCCCUAAAAAAUUCUCAAACUCCCCAACCCACAAAUUAAAAUUCUCACAAAUCAAAACAAAAACCUCACAAAAAAAAAAAAAAAACCUCACAGAUUCGAAAUGACAGAAAACGGCGAAGAAAAACUAAUCGCGGUGGCGCGUCACAUCGCCAAAACAUUAGGUCACACUGACAACGCUAUGGCUGACGAUAUCCUCCAAAUUUUUUCAAAUUUCGACGGACGGUUACGUAACAAGCUAACGGAAACUGACGACGGCGAUCAUCAUCAGCGUGAUUCUAAUAAGCAACGUCUUGAUCAGAUAAUCAAAUCAUUAGAUCGUCAGAUCUCGAGGUACGUUGUUAUUGACCGUCCGAUCUGGUCUGAUUCUAGUGAUGCAAUUAGUUUUUUAGAUAUUGUAGAUGAGUUAGUUGAUGUUGUUAGAGAGUAUACUCCUAUAGGUGUUUCCGAUAAAGGCGUAACCGCCUGUUUGGAUCGUGCUGAGGAUUUACUUCAGCAAGCGAUGUUUCGGUUAGAAGAGGAGUUUAAGUUGUUGUUAGAUAAUGGAUAUAAUGUUUACGAUAAUGAUAACGAUAACGAAAACGAUGAAAAUGAUGAGGAAGGAGUGAAUGAUGGAAAUGAGAAUGAGGAUGAUGAUGAUGAUUAUGUUGAGAUUCCGGUUGCGCAUCCUGUUUCGGAUUAUAAUAUUGUGAUAGAUGCGUUGCCGGCUGGUACGAUUAAGGAUUUACAUGAGAUAGCGAAAAGGAUGGUGAAUGCAGGGUAUGGGAAGGAGUGUUCGUUAGCGUAUAGUGUGUGUAGGAGGGAGUUUUUGGAGGAGAGUUUAUCGAGGUUAGGGUUGAGGAAAGGGAAUGCGGUUGUCGGGGCGGGUUUGGGUGAUGAGGAUGACGAGGUGGAGAUUGACAAGUGGAUUAAAGGGAUUAAUAUGGCGGUGAGGGUGUUUUAUCCGAGUGAAAGGAGGUUGUGUGAUCGGGUGUUUGGGUACUCGUCUGCGACGGCUGCGGCGGCGGAUUUGUCGUUUAUGGAAGCGUGUAGGGUUUCGGCUUUGGAGUUGAUUAAUUUUGCUAAUGGGAUUGCAAUGGGUAGUAGAGCGCCGGAUAGGUUGUUUAAGAUACUUGAUGUUUAUGAAGCGGUGAAGGAUUUGAUGCCGGAGAUUGAGGUGUUGUUUGCUGAUCAGUAUUGUUUGUUUAUAAGAAAUGAAGCUAUUGGAGUUUGGAAAAGGUUAGGUGAGUCGAUCAGGGGAAUUUUCAUGGAGUUGGAGAAUUUAAUCCGUCGUGAUCCGGUUAAAGCUGCUGUUCCUGGUGGCGGUCUUCAUCCGAUUACCCGCUAUGUGAUGAAUUACCUUCGGGCUGCUUGUUCAAGACCAACUUUAGAACAAGUUUUCGAUGAUAAUGUUGCACCACCAGUGGGAGUUGAUAGAUCGUUAUCUCCAUCUUCCCCGUUAGCAGUACAAAUGGCUUGGAUUAUGGAAGUUUUGGAGGGUAAUCUAGAGGCAAAAUCCAAGAUUUAUCGGGAUCCUGCUUUAUCAGCGGUUUUCAUGAUGAACAAUGGAAGGUACAUCGUUAAAAAAGUUAAAGAUGACGAAUUGGGUUCACUUCUAGGAGAUGACUGGGUUCGAAAACACUCGGCAAAAGUCCGGCAAUAUCAUGUGAAUUACCAAAGAAGUUCAUGGAAUAAGAUACUUAAUGCGUUGAAAUUGGACAACAAUAACUUAUCUCCUAAUGUUGCUUCCAAGGCCAUGAAAGAGAAGCUUAAGCUAUUUAAUUCUCAAUUUGAGGAGAUUUGUAGAACUCAGUCGACAUGGGCUAUAUUCGAUGAACAGCUAAAAGAGGAAUUGAAGCUUUCUGUUGGCGGAACUUUGCUUCCUGCUUAUAGAACUUUUAUAGGCAGGUUUCAUAAUAUUCAAGAUAUUGGUAAAUAUGCAGAGAAACAUGUUAGAUUCAAUGUUGAAGAUGUUGAAUCUCGGAUUGAUGGCUUGUUUCAAGGGACUGCUGUAUCUGGAAGUGGUCGGAAAUGAAAAGUCAGCAAGUAAGCCACUCUUGUUUUUGUGUUUCUUUGGAAUGAGUCUAGUGUUGUAUCAUACUGUCUUAUGUAUGCAUAAUGCUCUAGCAUAGUUUAUGGAUGUUGUUGUAUGCCAUGUAACAUUUGUUAAGUUUUGGUCAUUUGUAUGUGGUUAACGUUUGAUCCAUCGAUGCCCAAAUAUUAAAUUGUUAAUGGAAACUACUCUUUUUCUGGUUA